CAAAGACCCGGCGCAGACGUUCAAAAAUAUGGCAGAAGACUCGGGUGUAUUUAAACCAAUUUCUGACCCUGAGGACUCGGUAAAUACGUCCAUAGUUCGCAGCGGGGACACGGCGAUAAAGAGACGUCUGUCGUUUUCGUCAGAAAGAGAAAUUAGCAGUCAGGAGGAGCCGAACAUGACGGGUUCAGUAGAAACGUUACAAAAUGUUUCCGACGACUCCGGUUCAUGUCGACUUUCCCCGCAGACCGUUAACACACGUUUAAAGACGAAACAUGGUUUAAAUGUAAAACGCGUGAACAGUAACGAAGACAAGGAAAACGCUGCUGUACCGCCUACAAACAUCACUCAAGACAAAACACAAGAGGAGGACAUUCCUGGUCAGGGAAAUGUUGAAGGUUCCAUUGUGUCUGGCAGUAAUCAACACACUACCUCAGAGGACAGAGAUGCUGAGGUGGUGAGGAGAGCACAGGAGGAAGGCUGUGUGAAUGUGGUGUUUCCUGGCACUGUAACUCAGGAAGGCUGCUGUCGUUUCGUCAGUGAGAUCCUCAAGUGCAUUCUCUAUCAGAGACAGCAGCUACCCAUGACGUACGACCAGCUAGUAUACUCUCAGAAGAAACAACAAACUUCAGUACAGGAUCAAGACGCGGUGAGUCGGAGACCAGUGCAGUCUGUAGACAUGGACUGGCGCAAAUGUCAGCAGACACUUCAGGAGCUGGAGGAGGUGCUGCAGCAUCUGGAGGUGCUUUUUUCUCUCAGCAAGGUGCCACGUGUGUUACUGUUGAUGGGCGGCUCCCUCAUGCUCCCUAAAGAGCUGUAUGAGAUCAACAUGGAGGAUCUGGUGUUAGCUGGUGGAGAUCAGUGUCUGCGAGUGUCGUCGUGCUUGAGGCAGCUCUUCCGCACUCUUUUUGUGGCUGACCUUUUGUCCGACACCAGACCUGUGCGAUUAAUGCCCACCACAGUCUUGGUGAUGGCUCACAGGGAUUGCGGUGUGGGGUGGUUCCGCCCUAAACUACAAUUUAAAAUCCCAACUCGUGUAAAAAAACAAAUCAUUGCUCUGUCUACUGAUCCCAGCAUCUGCAAGGAACCAAGGGCAGAAGGGUCAGACUGGGAGGAUUAUGUAUGGUUUCAGGCACCAAUGAAUAUUAAGGGCUUCAGCAACUGACCCAGAGUUGGAAGGUGCUUUGUCUGAGAUUGGAGCUCUUUUUCUGGAGCCUGUGUAAGAAAAUAAAUUUUACUUGUGGUUUAAAUGAAUUUUGAACCUAUAUUUUGACUUGAGCUGUACAUAUUGUAACGAAUUAUGGAUUCAGUUUUUCUUUUUUGUUACAGUGUGUCAGAUCAAACCAUAGUGAGUUUACUGUUUUUUUUUCUGUUUUUUUCUAGUUUUUGAAAUACCGACAGAAUGUGUUCUUAAGAGGCUUGCUUGUUAGGUGAUUGAAUUUGAGUGAGAACACUGUGCAUUGUUUAUAUUUAUAAAGAAUGUUUAUUCCGAAUUUUCAAGAAGAUUUAAACACAGAGCAACACGCAAAAUACUAGUGCAAUAUAUUUUUACAGAACACAGUUUCAAGGUUUAAUGAAAUGUAUUGCUUUCUUUAAUCCAUUCCGUGGACACAUUUGGCUGCCAGUAUCAUGUGUGCAAAUGUUUACAUUCAUUAAAAUCUGCAAGUGAUUUCAAUAAUGUAGCAAAUUACUCGGUAAGGUGCAUUACAGUGUGGACUGCAAAAAAUCAGAGUAACAAGAAAUUGUAUGUGUCCUAUUUGAAAUAAUCAAUAAAAAUAAAAAAUACCGUAAUUGCA